GUUCUCUUGAUUUCCACACAUUCCAAAAUCCCAAACGAAGCAUUGCAUCCGAUACCUUUUCAUCCUCAACCCUGCCUUCCCUUGCAAAUUUUCUCUAUUCAGAAAGUUUAUAGAAUCAUCGACAUGUUUCGGUAGAGCCUCAUUCGAUCCGGGGUCGUAGCUGAUUACAGAUUGGGUCUGUGAUCCUGCCACUGGGGUCUUGAUCCUUCCUAUCACCAGCAGCCGAAUGGUUAAAGUUCGAGUAUCAGAAACCGAGCUAGGUUGCUAAAUGCUUAAGGUGAGCGAAUGGAUAAGAGCGGGCUCGAUGAAACUGAUAAAGUCAUAACCAUAAUAAGAGGAGAUGGAGAAGGGGAAGAGCUGCCGAAUGCUGCAAAACAGCCCUUCACUCAAGGCGGGGCACAGUGUUCGCAAGCGUUGGGGAAUAAAGAGAAAAAGCGGUCCUGGUUGUCGAGUUUAAGCAUGAAGUCUGUACUGUCUCGGCCGCUGAAGUUUAGGGAUUCACUGAAGAAGAUGACCAAGAGCCAAAGCACAAAAAUGUAUCUAGAGGGAGUCCCCGAUAAUCCAAAGGAAGUGCAAAUUGUCGGUUCCUUUCGGGAACUGCUCUUUCUCGAGGGCCAUACUCCAGGGAAACAAAUUAACAACGACACGCUUUUGCGGUUUCUAAGAAUGAGGGACUUUGAUGUUUGGAAAGCAAAAGAAGUUUUUCUCAACUAUCUUAAGUGGAGGGAAGACUAUGGGGUCGAGGCGAUUGCAAAGGAGUUCAAGUUUGAAGAGUACUCUGAGGUAAAGAAGUGUUAUCCUCAGGGAUAUCAUGGCGUUGAUAGAUAUGGUAGGCCGAUAUAUAUCGAAAGGAUUGGCAUGGUGGACCUCAAUUCUCUGCUGCAAGUGAUUACUAUAGAUAGGUUGGUUAGAUAUCAUGUAUCGGAACAAGAGAAGACACAAAAUCUGAGGUACCCGGCAUGUUCAAUUGCAGCAAAGAGGCAUGUAGCGUCCACAACAAGUAUUUUAGACGUUAAGGGAGUGGGGAUGUUGAAUUUCUCAAAGCCCGCCAGAUAUCUCUUCAUGGAGAUUCAGAAAGUCGACAGUAAUUACUACCCAGAGACGUUGCAUAGGCUCUUCAUUGUCAAUGCUGGAUCCGGGUUCAAGGUGCUGUGGAAAGCCCUCAAUGCUUUUCUUGAUGCGCGUACAUUGGUUAAGAUCCGAGUGCUGGGAUGUGACUAUCUCAACGAUCUCCUCGAAGUUAUCGAUCCUAUAAACUUGCCGAGUUUUCUGGGUGGAAAUUGCACAUGCUCCGACUAUGGUGGUUGCUUGUUUAGCGACAAAGGACCGUGGCAUAAUCCAGAGAUCGUAGAGAUGCUUCAGGAAUUUUCAUCUGCAGGAGAAGAAAACACCAAUGGGAUUCAAAGUGUAGUUCCUGAAGAUAACUCGGUUCCUAUUUCUAGGGAUUCUCAGGAGGAUGCUGGAACAAAAGACGUGAACGGGACGUUCUUGCAGAAGAUCCAAGCUCUGGAAGAUGUCCUGGGGGACAUCAAGACAGUGAGUUGUAAUCGCCCUCUCAUCAUGAAAUCGUCCGCAAACUUUUCUUUUCAUCAAAGUCCUUCGCUUCCUUUGGCAAAAGCCAAAAAAAAAGAGCAUUUACAUAUCCAAAUUGUAUUGAUCUUCAUUUGGCAGAAAAUCCAAGCACUGGAAGCUGCACUCGAGAAUACUAAGAUGGUAACGAGUCCUGUUAAUUCACAACCUCUCUGUCCCCGGCGAGUUCAUGUCCUUUGUGCUCUUUCUUAUCUUCCGGAUCGCCUUUGACAGGUUCUGCAAGGACUAUCACAGGAAAUAGAAACAAUGAAGACUUGAAAAAAUCGGCAAGUUUACUAACACGAAUUUCACCAGCCGUAAUUAUACUCAUCUUCUCAUGUUCUAUUGCUAUUGAUUCCUGAGUUUUAUUGACACCAAGAUUCUCUAACAUAUACACUGGCCCAGUAACUCGAGAGAACGACUUCGGAAGCCAUUUCUGCGUGCACCAAGUUAGUCGACUCUCCUUAAUUUCUCCUUCAUCUUUUCCUUAGUCCAGGGUUCUGUUUUUCUCUUCAAAUGUGGAUUGAAUUUUGACAGGUUGUCUUGCCUUAAACUUUGUAUCAUGUGAAUCAGUGUCCUUCUGCGGGGAGAAUUCUGAUGAUGCAGCUGUGUUCUUGGAUGGCUAUCGUCAAAUGCUCGUCUUUUCAACCUUAAAAGCUGCCCAAGUUUCAAAGACCAAGAGCCAUUUCAAAUUCCUGCAAACUUGGAGGGAGGGGAAGCUACAGAGAGAGAGAGAGAGAGAGAGAAACGCCGACCGUGAUGAAAGGCGAGGCCGAAACCUCGGCCUUUCUUGAUUUUCUUUUGAAAUCACCUUUGGAAUCAGAGUGAGAAUCGACUCCAUUUACGUGAGCAUUGCAUGGACCAAAUCUCUAUAUAGAUCGAGCCGAUCGCAUUCCGAGAAUCUGCAAAGAUCCAUGCUCGUCCAGACAAGCUAUUGAACAUCUGGUGUCGUGGAGCUGUCACUCGCCCGUUUUUUCGGUUUUUAUGGUUGCAAUGAUGUGUGUGGACGGAUGAAGAGAGCAAGAUGUGGGGGCCCCCGGCGAUAGUGGGGGAAGGGGAAGGUGGGGCCCUCCCUUGAUGAUUUUGCUUAAUCAGAAGUGGGGCCCCGGCGCAUUUGAUAGGGCUCCGCCUCCCACCGCCGUGUUAAGGACGCGGAUGGCGGUGCCAUUCAAUACCCACCUUUAUUUAAAAAAAAAAUACCAACCUUUAUU